GGAGAACCUGUAAAAGGAAUGAGUGGAGCUCAAAUGGGUCAAGUUCUCUUACUCGUAUGUUUGGUAUAACAAUGGAAGGGAAUUCUGUUUGUUGCAAUGUACAUGGAUAUUCGCCAUAUUUUUAUACUACUGCUCCUGGUGGUUUUGGGCCACAACACUGUAAAGAUUUCAAAAAUCGCUUGAAUGCUAUAGUUUUAAAUGACAUGCGAGGAAAUCAAAAUCGAGUUCAAGAAACUGUACUUAUGGUUGAAAUUGUUAAAAAAAAAAAUAUGUAUGGAUAUCAUGGUGAAGAUGAUGAAACUUAUUUAAAAAUAACUAUGGCAUUACCAAAACUUAUUGCUGCUGCUAAACGACUUUUAGAAAAAGAACAGGUUUUUCCUAUAUUUUCUGGACAUAAUUAUAGAAUGUUUGAAUCUAAUAUUGACUAUGAUAUGCGAUUUAUGGUUGAUUUAAAAAUUGUUGGCUGUAGUUGGAUUGAAUUACCAAAGGAAUCAUAUACAAUACGUAAUAAUUCUUUUAAUUUAAAACCGCAUUCUAGGUGUCAAAUUGAAGUUGAUGUUGGUUGGCAACAAAUGAUAACUCAUAUUCCUGAAGGCGAAUGGAGCAAAGUAGCUCCCUUUCGCAUUCUUAGUUUUGAUAUCGAAUGUGCUGGUCGUAAAGGUAUUUUUCCAGAACCAGACAAAGAUCCUGUUAUUCAAAUAGCUAACAUGGUACAAGUUGAAAACAAAAGGUUAAUAAGAAAUGUAUUUACUUUAGAUACUUGUGCACCAAUUGUUGGUAGUCAUGUAAUUAGCUACGAAAAAGAAAACUUAAUGCUUGAGAAAUGGGCUGCAUUUGUACGAGAUUGUGAUCCAGAUGUAAUUACAGGUUAUAAUAUUAAUAACUUUGAUUUACCAUAUUUAAUUAAUAGAGCUAAACAUUUACAUACUAAAAAUUUCAAUUUCUUGGGUCGUAUUAAAAAUAUACAAUCUGUUGUGAAAGAACAUGUGAUACAAAGUAAACAAAUGGGUCGUAGAGAAAACAAAAAUGUUAAUAUUGAUGGAAGAGUUCCCUUUGAUUUAUACUUGGUAUUAGUGCGAGACUACAAACUACGGUCUUACACCUUAAACUCUGUAAGUUAUCACUUUUUACAAGAACAAAAAGAAGAUGUUCAUCAUAGUAUCAUUACAGAUUUACAAAAUGGUACACCUCAAACAAGACGUCGUUUAGCAGUAUAUUGUUUAAAAGAUGCUUUUCUUCCAUUAAAAUUAUUGGAUAAAUUAAUGUGUUUAAUUAACUAUAUGGAAAUGGCUAGAGUUACGGGUGUUCCAUUAGAUAGUUUACUAACUGGUUAAACAAGCUAAAGUGGU